ACACAGGAUGGUGAAAUGAAUCCUGGGAGGUUAAUUUAAAAACUCAUUAUUUGGGGAUUAUGGACAAGCACACACUGUACAAUAUCAAGAAUCACAAUAACAUGUAGACAGUUUGUGGGGGUGUGUAUGUUCUCAUGGAAGACUGCCGUGACCACAUGUUCCAGAGCAGCCUUUAUAAGGGUCAUCCCAGGUGAGGCUUUGGCUUGAGAGGAAAGGAGAAGGCAAGUGGUGAUCACUAAGCAUCUAAAGGAGGACGUGCAGGGAUGAGACCCAUGGACCACAGCGUGCUGAAAUGUUGUCUCUUCUCUCUACUCUUGCUAACAGGACACAAAAAACCUCCGCUUCGAGAGUCGUCUGCAGGUCAUACUGGAUGUGGCAUGUUCCUGAACUUUGGGAAAGUGAGCAAAACUAGUGCAAACCGUGGGGACUGGCUAACCGAGGCUGUGGAACUCAAUGCUAAAGGAGGCAGAGAUGAUCGCAACUAUCUUUGGGUGUCGCUGAAAAUGCGGUCUGAAAACCCCUUUCUGUCCCUGGUCCUGCCCAGUAUACUGAUCAUUGUGGCAGAUGUGGUGAGCUUCUCCCUGCCACUGGGAGGGGGCGAGCGUAUCCCAUUCAAGGUUACACUGGUUCUCAGCUUCAUCAUGUUCCUCAUCAUCCUCAACGACCUACUGCCUGGAGGAGGCCAGUGCAGCCCCAUCAUCCGAAAGCACUUCUGUUUCUGUUUGGUCAUCCUGGUGUUGAGCACGUUGCAGUCUAUGGUGCUCACACGCCUGGCUAAGUGUGGCACUCUCUGGCCCUGCAGCCUCUCCAAGUCCAAAGACUCACUGCUUAAAGACACAGACAAUGAAGAGGAAUCCAAAUCUGAUAUUACUGUCAUCAAACUGAAAGCCUCUGAGGAAAAGAAGAAGAAUACAGCCCUCCAAAAGGUGGUGAAAUUUCUCAACAAAAUGGCUGCACAAGAUCAGAAGAAAGCAAGACGCCAUCGCCUUGCCAACAAAGUGGACUUAAUCUGUUUCUGUAUCUAUCUCACCGUCCUCAUCGUUUAUGCAGUCGUCAUUUUAUAUUUCUCCUUUGGUUCUUCAUGUGAGAUCAACCAUUUAGAAUUCUGGGAAUACUAAAUUGUUUAUUUGCUUUUAACAAAAAUAUUGAAAGAAAUGGCGGUCAUAUGAUAGAGAAAGCAUUCCUAUAUCGUUCCUACUGUGGCGUCUGUGAGCGCACAGGCAGUGCCAUUGAGGCUAUCUCCAUUUUGAAGUAGUCCAUUUUCUUCUUCUACUAUUUCAAUGAGUUGGUAAACAAACUGAAAGGGUUUAUCCUGCCACAUGUAGUGAACAGGUAUAAAGUUAAGGUUGAUGAUUUACUGCCACAUGUAGUGAACAGGUAUAAAGUUAAGGUUGAUGAUUUACUGCCACAUGUAGUGAACAGGUAUAAAGUUAAGGUUGAUGAUUUACUGCCACAUGUAGUGAACAGGUAUAAAGUUAAGGUUGAUGAUUUACUGCCACAUGUAGUGUACAGGUAUAAAGUUAAGGUUGAUGAUUUACUGCCACAUGUAGUGUACAGGUAUAAAGUUAAGGUUGACAAUU